AUGUGGAAUAAACAUAGAAUAACGUUUAUUACAGUUGGGGUAGUAUUCCAUCUAUUUUACCUGUGGUCUAUUUUUGAUAUUUAUUUCGUGUCACCAUUAGUCCAUGGGAUGCAACAGCAUAAGAGCACCAAUGAACCUCCAGCUAAGAGAUUAUUCUUAAUUGUAGGUGAUGGAUUAAGGGCCGAUACAACUUUUGACAAGAUUAAUCAUCCAAUUACUGGUGAAACAGAUUACCUAGCUCCAUUCUUAAGAUCAAUAGUCUUGGAAGAAGGUACUUAUGGUAUUUCUCAUACAAGAAUGCCCACUGAAUCACGUCCAGGUCAUGUUGCCAUGAUUGCAGGUUUUUAUGAAGAUGUUUCUGCAGUAACAAAAGGUUGGAAAGAAAAUCCAGUCAACUUUGAUAGUUUUUUCAACCAAUCAAAGCAUACAUAUUCAUUUGGAUCUCCAGAUAUUUUACCAAUGUUUAAAGAUGGUGCUAGUGAUAUAAAUAGAAUUGAUACUUGGAUGUAUGGUCAUGAAUUUGAAGAUUUCACUCAAUCUUCCAUUGAAUUAGAUGCAUAUGUAUUUAGACAUAUGAAUGAACUUUUUUUCAAUUCAACUGUUAAUGAAACUUUGAAUUAUGAAAUUAGACAAGAUGGGAAUGUAUUUUUCCUACAUCUAUUAGGUUGUGAUACCGCUGGUCAUUCAUAUAGACCUUAUUCAGCUGAAUACUAUGAUAAUGUUAAAUAUAUCGAUAAAAUGGUUUCUAAAUUAGUUGAUGAUGUUACUACUUUCUUUAAUGAUAAUGAUACUGCCUUUAUCUUUACAGCUGAUCAUGGUAUGAGUGCAUUUGGCUCUCACGGUGAUGGCCAUCCAAAUAAUACAAGAACUCCAUUGAUUGCAUGGGGUGCAGGUAUCAAUAAACCAGUGAAGAAUGAAGUACCAAUAUUUGAUAAUUAUACUGAAGGUUGGAAUCUUGGUUCUAUUAAACGUAACGAUGUUAAACAAGCAGACAUUGCCUCAUUAAUGUCUUAUUUGAUUGGUGCUAAUUAUCCUGCUAAUUCAGUUGGUGAAUUACCUAUGAAUUAUAUUAAGGCCGAUGAAAGCGUUAAGUUACAUGCCCUAUAUAACAAUGCUAAAAGUAUUUUGGAACAAUAUUUCGUUAAAGAAAAUGAAGUUAUUGGAUCUCAAUUUAUUUAUAAAGAAUAUCCCAAAUUUGUUGAAAAAUCUUAUACUCAAUAUAUUAAUGAAAUUGAACAGUUAAUUGAAAAAAUUCGUAUUUCAGAUUCAAAUGAAAAUCAAGAUUUUGAUAUUUUAGUCAAUGAAGCGAUUCAAUUAACUGAAGAAUUAAUGAAAAUUACACUCGAAGGGUUACAUUAUUUAACCACUUAUAACUGGAGAUUUAUUAGAAGUAUUGUAACUAUGGGAUUUGUUGGUUGGAUUGUUUACGCUUUUACCAUUUUCUUAAGACUUUUCAUCCUAAGACAAGAUUUUAACAAUAUUAUUAAAACAUCUGUUUUAAAUUAUUUUAUUUCUAUUUCAAUGGGUAUAAUAUUGAAUUAUAUUUUAUAUUAUCAAAGAUCUCCAUUUAAUUUUUAUAUGUAUCUUUUAUUCCCAAUUUAUUUCUGGUGUCAAAUUUUUACUAAUAAAUUAAUUUUACAAAAGGGUGUUAAAGAAUUUUUCAAGAAUAUUUCAAAUGUCAAUAAAAUAAUUUUAUUUUUAUUAACUUUAGGAUUAUAUGAAGGAAUUGUUUAUGGAUUUUUCCAUCGUUGGAUAUUUACCAUAAUUUUCAAUGUAUUAAUUAGUUAUCCAAUUUUAUGUGGCAUUAAAGAUAUUAAGAUUAAUUUCUAUUGGUUAAUCACAAGUGUAUCAAUUUCAGUCUUCACAUUAUUUGAUGCCGUUAAGAUUGAAAGUUUAACUCAAAUCAAUUUAGCAAGUGUAUUAAUCGCAGGGAGUGGGUUAUAUCAAUUAAUUCAAAUUAAACCAAUUAUCAAUUCAUAUACAUGCAAUUUAAUGAAUUUCCAAAUAUUUUUGAUUAUGGCUAUUACAUACUUAACUAAUAAAUCUGUGAAAUCAUUACAAGAAAGAAACGGGCUGCCAGUAGAUUCUCAAAUCUUAAGUUGGGCAAUUAUUUUCAUCAGUUUGAUCGUAGUGCCAUCAUUACAUUAUUUGAAACCAAAUAACAAUUCUAAAGUUAGAUUAAUAAUCAUCUACUUAACAUUUGCACCAGUAUUUAUCAUAUUGUCAAUUUCUUUUGAAGCUUUAUUCUAUUUCGUUUACACCAUGUAUAUAAUCCAAUGGAUUGAAAUUGAGACAGAAAUUAAAAAGCUUCAUUUCUCCAAGAAAGCCAUUUCCAAGGAUGCUAUCAAAGAAGAUUGGUUACAAUUGAUUAGAGUAUCAUUGAUUGGGUUUUUCCUACUACAAAUCACAUUCUUCGGCACAGGUAACGUGGCAUCAAUCUCAUCUUUCUCAUUAGAUUCAGUCUACAGGUUGAUCCCUAUCUUUGAUCCAUUCCCCAUGGGAGCCCUACUGAUGUUGAAGUUGAUAAUUCCUUACAUCUUAUUAUCUAUGGGUCUAGGUAUAUUGAAUAUCAAGUUGAAGAUCGAUAGUUUUACUAUCUCUACACUGAUUAUCUCUACAAGUGAUAUAUUAUCUUUGAAUUUUUUCUAUUUAUUGAAAACCGAAGGGUCAUGGCUAGAUAUCGGUGUCACCAUAUCGAACUAUUGUUUGGCAAUCUUGUCUUCCUUAUUCAUGUUAAUAUUAGAAAUCAUCGGCCAUUUGUUAUUGAAGAAUGUCGAUACCCUCGAAGAUACAACUGCUUCCUCUUCAAAGAACCGUAUAUCUGAAGAGAAGAAGAACAUAUAG